GAAUUUCGACUUGGGAGGCUGGAAGGCGGAAGGAAGGAGCGAGGGAAGCGCGGAGAAGCCCCGGCCUCUUUCUCGGUCGAGUUAGGUUUCUAUGAAAUGGACAAAGCUGCAGGUGACUUAAAAUUGGCUCUUCACAAUGGAUGUGAAUCCUUGCAGAUACAUGUAGAAGUUCAUCAAAAAUCAAACAGCACUGCAAAGAAAGAGGAUAUCAAACUGGGUGUCUUAAAACUACUAGAAAGGCAUCCUGUGGUCUUUGGUGAUUACAAAUGGACUGAGUUUGAUGAUUGUUUCCUAACAAAUAAUGUGCAGUCCAUUGCAGUUGUGGACACAGAGCUAAAGUUGAAGGAAAGACAGGCAAUUAAUCUGAGUAAGUGCAGCCUUUCCAUUCACAUUUUUCAUCUCGUUGAAGAAGGGCCCAGUGCUGAAAAUCUGGAGGCAGAGGAUGAGAAUAUUGUUGCGGCUAAUCACUGGGUGUUACCAGCAGUUGAAUUCCAUGGUCUAUGGGAGAGCCUUAUUUAUGAUGCUGAGAUAAAAUCAGAUCUAUUAGAUUAUGUGACUACAACAUUACUGUUCUCUGACAGAAAUGUCAACAGCAACUUGAUAUCAUGGAAUAGAGUUGUUCUGCUGCAUGGUCCUCCAGGAACUGGUAAAACUUCGCUAUGUAAAGCACUGGCCCAGAAGCUGACUAUUAGACUUUCUCAUAGAUAUCGCUAUGGACAGCUGAUAGAGAUAAACAGUCAUAGCCUCUUCUCCAAGUGGUUUUCUGAGAGUGGCAAACUGGUUACCAAAAUGUUCCAGAAGAUUCAAGAAUUAAUUGAUGACAAAGAUGCCCUUGUAUUUGUGCUGAUCGAUGAGGUGGAAAGUCUCACAGCAGCACGUAGUGCUUUUCGGGCAGGUACAGAACCUUCUGAUGCCAUCCGGGUUGUAAAUGCAGUCUUGACACAAAUCGAUCAGAUCAAAAGGUAUCCUAAUGUAGUUAUCUUGACGACUUCAAAUAUCACGGAGAAAAUUGAUAUGGCCUUUGUGGACAGAGCAGAUAUCAAGCAAUACAUUGGUCCACCUUCUGCUGAAGCAGUGUUCAAAAUAUAUCUUUCUUGCUUGGAGGAACUAAUGAAGUGCCAGAUAAUAUAUCCUCGACAGCAGCUGCUGACACUCCGUGAGCUGGAGGUGAUCGGUUAUUUAGACAGUGAUGUGUCGAAAUUGAGUCUCAUAUUGAGAGAAAUUUCAAGGAAAAGUGAAGGACUUAGUGGCCGUGUUUUAAGGAAACUUCCUUUUCUGGCACAUGCACUUUACAUUCAGUCACCUAACGUCACAACGACAGCUUUCCUUCAAGCCUUGUCACUUGUGGUGGACAAGCAAUUUGAAGAAAGAGCAAAACUUGCAGAUUGCGUUUGACAUUCUCCUUCCUCCUCCAGUGCUUGACUGAGUAUAACACUUCCGUUAGUUACACUGUUGUAUUGUCUUUCUGCAUGAUUGUUAGGACUUAUUGAGGAACCCAUAAAAGCCUGAGUAAGAACAAGUAGGGAAACGUAUAGUUUUUUCAAUGAUAUGUUUUCCAAGUGCAGUUUAGGCAUAGAGACUUUAUAUACAAUGAAGAGCUUUAUUUCAUAUGAGCUGUAAACCUGAUUAAUUCCUACAAAUAACUAUUUUUGUCACUGUUCAUGUACAUUUUUUAAAGCUGUAUCGGAAAUCCUGCACUUUGUGUACCUGUAAUUUGUAUCAUUUUCUGGUAUUUUUCUGAACUAGAAUAUUGUCAACAAAAU